AAAUGUUAGUGAGGAAAACGGUACUGGUGAGCAACAGUUCACCUGAACAAUGUCUGCCUCAGGGAAACUGGCAUCUUUCCGUUUGCCUCCCUUGCCUACUGUAGGUGAGCUGAUAAAGUUGUACAACCUGAGAGCUGAGAAACAGCUGUCCCAGAACUUUCUGCUGGACUUGAGGCUCACGGACAAAAUAGUGCGUCAGGCAGGAAAUUUGAGGGAUGCCCAUGUGUGUGAGGUGGGUCCUGGUCCCGGGGGGCUGACCCGCUCCAUCCUCAAUGCUGGUGCGGGGGACCUGGUUGUGGUGGAGAAAGAUACACGCUUCAUCCCUGGGCUAAAGCUGUUGUCUGAGGCAGCACCGGGGAGGUUGAGGAUUGUCCACGGGGACAUACUCACUUACAGAAUGGACCGAGGAUUCCCAGUAAAUGUCUCUAAGCCAUGGGAGGAAGAUCCACCAAACCUGCACAUCAUAGGGAAUCUCCCGUUCAGCGUCUCAACCCCCCUCAUCAUUAAGUGGAUGGAAAACAUAGCCAAUAGGACGGGGCCCUUCGCCUAUGGACGCACCCGACUCACACUCACUUUCCAGAAGGAGGUAGCAGAGAGGUUGACGGCCAGCACAGGCAGCAAACAGAGGAGCCGCCUGUCCAUCAUGGCUCAGUAUCUCUGCACUGUCCACAACUGCUUCACCAUCCCUGGACGGGCGUUUGUUCCCAAACCAGAGGUGGACGUGGGAGUGGUUCACUUCACCCCUCUGGUUCAGCCCCAGAUUCAGCAGCCCUUCAAGCUGGUGGAGAGAGUCGUAAGAAACAUAUUCCAGUUCCGCAGGAAGUACUGCCAUAAAGGAGUAGAAAAGUUGUUCCCGGCGGCGUGUCGUAUUGAGCUGACACAGGAGAUGAUGCAGAAGGCAGAUGUGGACCCCACUCUGCGCCCUACAGAACUCACCAUACCGCAGAUCAGGGCUUUAGUGAAUGCCUACGCUCAUCUCUGUGCCUAUGAACCCAGUCUCCUCAGCUAUGAGUACAGAGAGGAGCUCAGAAUGAAGCACCUCGAAAGGCAGGGAAAAACACCAAUGGACACACAUAUGGAGAAGUCAACCAGCACACCACCAAGCCCUCUGCAGCCGUGCUGAAAAAAAGAAACCAAGAGAAUCCCACUAAUAGUCUCUGUUAGCACAGGGAGACAACAGACUGCUCUUAGCUUUGACAUUUCCACCUGGCAUAAGCAUGCAUUUUUACAACGUUUUUCCCUGUGCUCAGGGAGCAAUAGUUACCUAUUGGUAUACAUGCAAUCCUGGGACAGAGACAAGAACCAGAAGGCACAUAAAGAAUCCUGAGUGGAUUGGAGCAGCUCCAAACCCUUGUUCCAAGAUGGGACAACUCAGAGUAGAGUUGUGUGUUUUUGGCAGAGUAAAGAAAGCAUGCUAGUUACCCACAAUAGCUUUUUAAGAGUGAAUGUCUCUUUAUGUCCCAGUUCUUAUUCAGAUCCAGCUCUCAUAACACCUUGUCCUGUGGGACCUGAAAGAAACAUCAGUGUUUUCAGGGUGAUUUAGAGAAGGAGAACAACAUGGCAGCACCAUAUCCAGGCCAAUUUUUCCUUUCGUUUUGUACUGUAUUGCUUAGUCACUUGGGAGA